AGUGUCCCCUCCUCUGCUGCCCUCAAGACCACACCCGCCGCACAUCCACCCUCGCAGCGGGCCAUCAGUGACCUUGACAUCUAACCGCCACCCCUCUUGACCCAGCGCUCCCCCACCACCCCCUUACCCCUCACACAACACCAUGGCGGAUAUUGACGAGAAGACAAUGCACGCGCUGCGUAAGGCCUUCGCCACCGUGGACAAGACCAAGAAGGGCUACGUGGAAAUCAAAGACCUGGAGGGCAUCUUCAACACCAUGGGCACAGCCUUCGACAUCGACGACCUUAACGAGACCAUCAAGAGAGUCGACGUGGACAACGACGGCAAGAUCAGCUUCGACAAAUUCGUCAUCAUCGCCUCAAACUUCCUGCAGGAGGACGACGAGGAGACCAUCACCAAUGAGUUGAAGGAAGCGUUUAGACUCUACGACAAGGAAGGUAAGGGCUACAUCACCACGGCGACGCUGAAGGAAAUUCUGAGGGAGCUGGACAACAAGCUCUCGGAGACAGACCUGAACGACAUCAUUGAGGAGAUCGACGAGGACGGGAAGGGCAAGGUGGACUUCGAGGGCUUUAGAGAGCUCAUGAUUUAGAGAUCUUAAUGGUGUGUAUGUGUGUGUGUGUGUGUGUGUGUGUGUGUGUGUGUGUGUGUGUGUGUGUGUGUGUGUGUGUGUGUGUGUGUGUGUGUGUGUGUGUGUGUGUGUGUGUGUGUGU